AUGCGGUUGUGCGCGGGCAUGCCAGCACAGUCUACCGUGCGUCGAAAUGAUGAUGAGGUUCGGGUAGAAGAUGGUUUAAAUGUUGCGCCUGUUUUGCGUUCGACUCCUAAUCAAACGAUCGUCGCCGAGAGAGGAACUGAUCUCGGCCGUCAGGUUCACGGCCUGAGCUACAAGGCCGUUUAG